AAGGAAUAGGUCAAGACGGACGAAGGCAACCAAUCGAGGCGUCGUCGUCCCUACCCGGCAAAACCCCCCAUUUCUUCUCUAUAUCUCUCUACUACCCUUCCACACUCCAUACCGUCGAACACAAAUCGCCGCGGGUCCAUCGGCCGACCUCAUCUCCUUCUCUGGCUUCGGCGGUGGAAAGAAGAAAAAAAAAGGUAGUGGCGUAAUCGCCGGCGGCAAAGAAGAACAGCGUUCGUUGCUCGUGGAGACGAUGCGAUCGGAUGAGGAGGAGGAAGAGGAGGUCGGGUUGGAGUUUGAGAAGCGUGGAGGUUGAUUAUGGGUCUGCAAAUGGCAUGGCAGCAGUGCGUUUCUGAGAGACGGAGGCCGCCGCUGGGACUCAAAAACCUCGGCAACUCUUGUUACCUCAAUAGCGUCCUACAGUGUUUAACCUACACUCCUCCCCUCGCUCAAUUUUGCCUUUCUUCCGAGCACUCUUCUCUCUGCAAGAGGCUGUUUGCGAAUAAGAAGAAGGAGUGUCCCUUCUGCAUACUCGAGCGGCAGAUCGCUCGUUCGCUGAAACUGGACGGCCACCUCGAUGCCCCUUCGAAGAUCCAGAAAUGCCUAAACGUCUUUUCGGAGCAUUUCCGAUGGGGCAGGCAAGAGGACGCACAUGAAUUUCUUCGAUAUGUCAUUGAUGCCUGCCAUAAUACCUGCCUUAAGAUACUCAAGAGGCGUUCUACCGCUUGCAAUGGAAGCGCUAUUAACGGCAAUGAUGGCACAGCAAAGAAGGAUGAGGUGUCGGGAACGAGUACUAUCAUGAAUCAAAUCUUUGGGGGUUCCCUGCUCAGCCAAUUGAAGUGCCUUUCUUGCAAAGGUGAGUCAAAUAAGUCUGAUGAAAUAAUGGAUGUAAGUCUUGAUCUCUAUGAGAGCAACUCUCUCAGAGAAGCCCUUAGUAGAUUCUUUCAAGCUGAGAUUCUUGAUGGUGGCAAUAAGUAUAGUUGCGAGAGGUGUAAGAAACUAUCUGUUGCCAAAAAGCAGCUGUUCAUACUUCGAGCUCCGAAUGUGCUUGUUAUCCAGCUCAAGAGGUUUGAGGGUGUUCAUGGUGGAAAGAUCAACCGUAGCAUUGAAUUUGAGGAGAUGUUAGAGCUAUCUAACUAUAUGUACAAAUCUGCUCAGGAGUCAGAGCCCAAGUACAAUCUUUUUGGGAGCAUCGUGCACUCAGGGUAUUCACCUGAAUCAGGGCAUUAUUAUGCAUAUAUCAAGGAUGCUUUUGGCCGGUGGUAUUGCUGCAAUGAUGCUCAAGUUUCACUUUCAAGCAGCCAAGAGGUUUUGUCAGAAAAGGUAUACAUUCUGUUCUAUUUGCGUUGCGAUCAACAUCAGAAAUCUACCAAAGUUGGUUCACCUUGCAAUGGAGUGAAGCCCACAGUUUCCAAUCGAAGUAACACAUUAACAUGCCAGAACACUGCUGAAACUUCUAAAUCAUUAGCAACAGUGAAUGUUUUUCCUGUGCCAAAGAAUGGUAAAAUAUCUACUAAUCAUCAAGUCAAGCCCAUUACUUUGAAGAAUUUUGGAACUCCUAGAUUGAUCUCAAAUGGUGAUGCAAAGCUUGAGACAUGUACUGAUGGAAUAAACAAUGGUGCCAAACAAUCUCCUACCAUAGAAACGACUAUCCUACAAUCUGAAGUCCGUUUGGAGGAGCUAAAGAGUACAGAUAAUAUAGAUUAUUCGUCUGUGGCUAGUAAGAGCUCUGCCAUUGUGAAAAAUCAGGGUACGCAUAAUUUAUCAAAUGGAAAUGGAAGAUGCAGAUCACCGUUAAAUAAUCCACAUGAGGACAAUCCUAAUUCUAAUCUGCUGAAUGGCAGAAAAGAUCCUAGAUUUGAGUGCUUAUCUGGUAUCGUGCUUGCUAAUAGAAAAAACUCUAUUAUCUCCUCUAAACGAAAGUUGGAAGACAAUGAGAAAGCGGAUGAUUUGAUAUCUUCCGCCAAAAAAUCUUCUGUUUUGUCAAGCAACGACAUGAAGCACUCUUCAGAGGAACUUCAGAAGUUUAAGGAAAUUCUUGCUUUAGAGGCACUUACAGCUCUUCGAUCAUGUGAUUGGUUUGGUAAGGUGCAUGAUUUCAUGCAUGCGAGGAAAAAGUCAUGCAUACAAUUAGCAGAUGGUUGUCCUAAUAAUGCCGAGUUGAAGAAAGAGUUGAUAAAUGGUGCAAGGGAGAAUUUUAUUCAACAAAUUCCAGGAUCAUUAAAAGGACGCCUCAUAGAACUCUUAAAGUCAUUUAGUCAAAGCAAUUCUUUAUUGGACAUUUGAAAUUCCUUCGGCUGUACUUAGAUGAUGAAUUAAUAUACAAGUUGUUUAAAAGAGUCGAUAGAAAGCUGUUGGGUUUGCAGUUUUCUUGGCCACUGAUGAGCUUGGUGUAAAAUCUGUAAUUCUGAUAUAUUCAAAUUUUGACGGCACCUUUGCGGAAACUCCUGGUUUAUUUGAGAAUCUUUUCGCCAUCACCGUCUUUUCAUUCCUUGAAUUUUGAACAAUUGAGGCUGAAAAUUUUGCUAUCGGUGAUUCGGUAGAGAUCAAUCACAUAAUUGUAUUCUAUUGUAAGAUAUUUUUUUUUUUAAUGAUAUUAAUGAUUCUCAAUUAACAUUGCAAUCUUUUUGUUGUUUCUGAAGUUAAGGUUGCAUUUAGGUUCUAAAGAAUUAAAGCCUUAGUUAUAUGAAUACAUAAUUGGCAUUUCUUCAUUUAAUCUUUUAGUUAUGUAGCGCCUUACCAAAAUGUCUGUGUUUAUUGUUUUCCUAA